GCAUUGUGAAAUGAAUAGUGGAACUUGAUUGAUGCAUUUCUACUGCGAGACAAUGGAUCAGAAGAAUGGUCUUGUGCUAGUAUAAAGAAGCGCUAUCAUUUCUGAGGAAGCAAGCCACUUUCUCCUAUCUAGAGUGAUGAUCUAGCCCUGAAACACAAAUCUGUGCACAAAAUUUCAAAAAAAGUUUUCAAGCUCAUCGAGUGCCUGCAGCAUUUUCACACUCUUCGAAAUCUUCAGAGAUUAAGGCACAGAUUAUCUUCAGCAGUCUAUCACCAUCCGACAAAAUGGGUCGUAUUCGACAUUCUUCAUUCGCUCUGCUAGUUUUCGUUGCAGUUGCUCUAACUCUGCAGUCCGUGCAGGCCUCUGAUCCAGAACUCACGAAGGAUUUCCAGGUCCCAGCAGGAAUCAAUGCAGCCGAUAUCGAUGGAACGUUCUUCACCAGCGAGGCCUUGAGGAACGUCAUGCCCAACGUGGCUUCACCGUUUGCAACUGUCACCACAGCUAAUCUGGUUGCUCCAGCAAAAGCUCCAUUUCUCGCAGUCGAUGGACUCGGUGUUUCCAUGGCUUUGCUUCAGUUUCCACCUGGCACCGUGAACCCGCCCCACACUCACCCUCGUGGAACGGAACUUUUGUUCAUUAUCGAAGGCACUCUGGACGUGGGUUUGGUCGAUACCACGAACAAACUUUUCACCAACACGCUGUACAAGGGCGACAUCUUCGCUUUCCCCAAAGGCCUCGUUCAUUUCCAGAUCAACAACGACAAGUACAAGACCGUGACGGCACUUGGUGGAUUCAGCAGCUCCAACGCAGGGCUUGUCCGUCUGCCGAAUACUCUGUUCAAUACAUCCGCGCCAAUCUCUGAUAAGCUGCUCGAGGUUUCUUUUGGCAUAUCUGGUGAUGUAGUCAAGGCACUGAGAGCUCAAUUCGCCUGAAUUAGUUUUUGGAAAUUUCGAGGCAACUCGAUCUUAGCAAGCAACAUUCAGAUUAGAGACAG